AUGAGUGAAAGUGGAGAGACAUCAAGUAAAACAAUGGUUCGAGCGACUGAAAAUAUUAGAGAAAAUAAUGCGGAAUCUAAGACGAGCUGUUCUUCACCUGCUACAGAGAUUCCCAGAAGUUCAGACGUCCAAGUUUCACUGACAAACUUACCGGAUAUCGAAGCGACGGUUAACCGAGAAUUGCCGAAGAACUUCCCGAGGCAGACACAAAGAGGAAUUCCUGUAAAUGAGAUUAGGAAAGUGCGACAGAAGCCUCAUAGAGUUUUACCUUGCUUACCACAAAUUGUCCAGGAAAUUCUUCGGUGGACCAUUCACCCAGAAAAAGUUUUGCGUGGUGCAGCUUCGGUGAGUCAUUUGUUCAGUCUUCCGACAAUUAAUGAAGAAGUUUUACCGAUUGCUCAGCUUAUUGAGGAAAACAAUUUAUCUACGGUACCCAAAGAAAAACUAACCUUACCGAAUGCUACACCUACGAAAAAUCAAGCUCUGCCGAGUAACAAACCUGGUGUUGUCUCCAAGCCUUUGCCAAAAUUUAGAGCUGAGUUCCGAAAACGGAUGCAGCCGUCUCUACCGACAAUCGAAGAGCGACGGUCUCCAUUGCUACCGGAAAAAGAAAGAUCACCUGACCUCAGUCUGGAGUUCGCAGAGAACCAUUUAUGGCAAGAUAAGGCGCUUAAGACUGAUAACGGAUCCGGCGAAAAAAAGUUGCACAGUAUCAAAAAGAGCAAAUACAAGCAGCCGAAACUAAAGCAAAAAGUCAGAGAAAACAAUGCCAAACCAGCCAAAAAGGAGGAAAUGGACGACGUAAUAUUUAUGACGGAAAAAACUUUGCAAAACAUUGAAGUGAACCGGUCUCGCCCGAGCCUGUCACCAGCUGGCAAUAAUGAAUGGUUGUCUAAUAACGAAGUCGAUGAGAUGCCGCGCCUUCGGGCAACGUUAGCUAGGCGAAGCAAGACAUUGUUUCAACCUCCAAAGGAGAAAAGAAAAGCUUCUUUACCGAGCAUGAAAGCAGUUUUGCCGAAUAUUCCGUCAAUCAAAGAGACAAUGAUUCCAAGACCACCACCAACGCCGAAGGGACAACGAGGCGCACUUCCUGUAGGUACUCGAAAAUGUUCGACAUUGAUUCGACCCCUGAAGAAUAUCCUAACAACCCACCAACAAGUUGUGCCCAGACCACCGUCAACACCAAAAAGAAAUCCUGGGAAACCGACGCAAAUGAUCAAUCGUUCACUGCCAAGCAUUCCACCGACGCAGAAUUCACUGGUACCAAAACCACCAUCAACACCAAAAGAAAUGACAAACAGACGCUCAGUUUCUCGACAGUUCCGUCUAAACAAGAACAAAAAAUUGCCUGGUAUUCAGAAGCAGGCUGAAGGACAAACUCUGUUGGACCAGCAAAGUUUGGUCAAGUUUCCCCUUUCAAGCAUCCAUCUUGAUCAUCCGACAGCUGGUAGGGUUCAGUCGGCAAUGGAUUCUAAUUUUCAACCCUUGGAAAAGGAAAUUAAACAAAGUGGGCAAGGAAACAUGGCAAAUGAUGAAGGACAAAAACACAAUCUCAUUUGA